CCUGGGACAGCUCUCACUAUGACCCGAAUCAAGAUUCGACCCAUGGGCCAUGCUUGCCGACAAAACCAGUAAAAUACCCAACGGAAGAUCCAUUUGACAAACUUAGGGAGCCCACGGCAAUGGCAGCAUUCCCCCAAACAAUUGCUUGCUUGCUUGCCUGCUGCAACAAGUCAUUUAAUUUUGACGAUUUUCAUUUCAUCUUUUCUGAUGGAAGAUUCCAAUUUGCCUACGCUUGUUCGACUCAGCAUCGGAGGGAAGAAAUUUUGUACUACCAUUGAUACAUUAACUCGGCGUGAGCCAGAUUCUAUGCUGGCUGCUGUGUUUAGCAGUCGACAUACAGUGUAUCAGGACUCUGAGAAGGGAUAUGUCUUUGUUGACAGAGAUGGAAAGCAUUUCAGGCAUAUUCUAAACUGGUUAAGGGAUGGCGUUGUACCGACAUUGACAGAUUCUGAAUAUUCAGAGCUUAUACGAGAGGCAGAAUAUUACCAGCUACUCGGAUUAAUAGAAGGAGUCAGUUCUGUUCUUAAUAAGAGGAAGGAAGAUGAAAAGUCUCCAGCAGAAUUGACGCGUACCGAUAUCAUCAAGUGCAUACAGUCUGAACGAGUUAAAUUUCGAGGAGUUAACCUUUCUUGCCUUGAUCUCUCUAAAUUGGAUCUUUCAUUAGUGGAUUUCAGCUUUGCCUGUCUCAAAAACGUAUUUUUCUCACGUGCAAAUCUUCAGUGUGCAAAAUUUCGGGAUGUGGAUGCUGUGGGUUCGAAUUUUCACAAUGCAACUUUGCGCGAGUGUGAAUUUACCGGGGCAAAUCUUCGUGGGGCUUUACUAGCUGGGGCGAAUCUUCAGAGUGCAAAUCUUCAAGAUGCUUCUUUGAUAGAUUGUAGCUUCUGUGUGGCUGAUCUUCGUUCUGCACACUUACAGAGUGCUGAUCUUACUGAUGCCAACUUAGAGGGAGCUAAUCUUGAAGGAGCCAAUUUGAAGGGUGCGAAAUUAAGCAAUGCGAAUUUGAAGGGUGCAAACCUCCAAAGGGCUUAUUUACGACAUGUUAAUCUUCGUGAUACGCACUUAGAAGGUGCAAAGCUCGAUGGAGCCAACUUGCUUGGAGCAAUCGGGUAAUGGUGGGGCAAAGACUGUUAAAUGGAAUUGCACGUGUGACAUGAGUAUGAUUAAGAUUAUUUUAUGUGUUUUUUAACGUAUGUGAAGAGGUCAUAUUUUUAUAUCUAUACUCAUGUUGUGAAUACUUGAAGAAAAUAAGAGUAAAAAAAGGAUGAAGUUGUCUAUAUAUUGUUGUGUUGUGUAGAUUGAGUUAUAUAUGGUUUCUGUUGAACUAAUUUGAAUGUCAAAUUCCAUGGAAUUGUGUAUAUAUAUGUUGUUGAGGUGGAUAGCAUAUAA